AGCUCUCACACUCACACUCACACUCACACUGCUCUUCAUCUCUCUGUCCCUGCCCCAGACACUCCUCCUCCGCCAGUCCGUUCAUCUCAGCGCAUCGGCGGUUAGUUUAUGGGGAGAGUGGCCGCUCCCUGCAGCGGCCCCGGCAGGUUCGUGUCCUUUCUUACCGCGGUUCCGUGCUUACCCUGCAAACAGCAGCAGCGGCGGCGGCGGCGGCAUCAGUCUGCGGCAGUGGACCGGAGCAGGAUGAGCGAACUGGGCAAGAGUGCCGCGUCCACGCCAGUGAGCGGGACACAAGCCCCUGGCUCGGACACCUAUAAAGGCUGGCUCUUUAAAUGGACUAACUAUAUUAAAGGUUACCAGCGCAGAUGGUUUGUGCUCAGCAAUGGACUGUUGUCCUAUUACAGGACACAGGCGGAGAUGGCCCACACAUGUCGCGGCACCAUCAACCUCGCCACGGCGCACAUCGACACAGAGGAUGCCUGCAAUAUCGUUCUGAGCAGCGGGGGUCGCACUUACCAUCUGAAAGCCAGCACGGAGGUGGAGAGGCAAAGAUGGGUGACAGCGCUGGAGCUGGCCAAGGCUAAAGCCAUUCGAAUGAUGAAUGAUCAGUCCGAUGACUCGGCAGACGAGGAGCCAACCUCUCAGUCUGACAACAGUGAGAUCCAUGGUACUCUGAAGACUCUGGCCAGUAAGUUGGAUGACCUUAGCACGUGUAAUGACUUGAUAGCUAAGCACGGAGCAGCACUUCAGCGAUCUCUGAGUGAGCUCGAGUCCUUACGAGUGCCUUUGGAGGGAGGAGAGAAGAUCAAGUCUGUGAAUGAGAGAGCCACCCUCUUCCGCAUCACCUCCAAUGCUAUGAUCAAUGCGUGCCGAGAUUUUCUGGACCUGGCAGAGAGCCACAGUCGCAGAUGGCAGCGAGUACUUCAGCAUGAGCGAGAGCAGCGCACCCACCUGGAGGAGACCAUUGAGCAGCUAGCCAAGCAGCACAACAGCCUGGAACGAGCCUGGAGAGAGGCCCCCUCACACACCGUUAACACGCCUGAUACACCCACCACCGAUACGGGAGUGAGUGAAAGGCCCCGGAAAGAGGAAGCGAGUGAUGAAGAUGAGGAUACAGAGUAUUUUGAUGCCAUGGAGGACUCACCUGCCUUUAUAACAGUGACUGCCACAGACCCCUCUCAACACAGGCAUUCUCAGAGUAAUCUCAGUGGUGCUAGCGGAGGGCACCCCAACGACUGGAACCAAGAGGACAAUUGUUCUAUGAGCAGUAAUGAUUUUUCAGGGAAAGAGCUGCAGCCUCACAGUAGGCGGACACAAAUCCCAGAGAAACCCAACUAUUCACUCAAUCUGUGGAGCAUCAUGAAGAAUUGCAUUGGCAAAGAGCUCUCUAAGAUCCCAAUGCCUGUGAACUUUAAUGAGCCCCUGUCCAUGCUGCAACGUUUGACAGAGGAUUUGGAGUACCAUGAGUUGCUGGAUAAGGCAGCGCGCUGUGAGAACUCUCUGGAGCAGAUGUGUCUGGUUGCAGCCUUCUCUGUCUCAUCCUAUUCCACCACAGUGCACCGGACGGCCAAGCCCUUCAACCCUCUCCUGGGAGAGACAUAUGAACUGGACCGCCUGGAAGAAUUCGGCUACCGUUCCAUCUGUGAACAGGUCAGUCAUCAUCCGCCAGCGGCUGCUCAUCAUGUGAUGUCACAGCGAGGUUGGACCCUGUGGCAGGAGAUCACCAUCGCUAGCAAGUUCCGUGGCAAAUACCUCUCCAUUAUGCCUCUGGGUGCAAUCCACCUGCAGUUUCAUGCGAGUGGAAACCACUAUGUGUGGCGUAAAGUCACCUCCACUGUACACAACAUCAUUGUGGGCAAACUGUGGAUUGAUCAGUCAGGAGAUAUUGAUAUAGUCAACCACAGUACCAAAGAGACCUGUCAGCUUAAGUUCUCUCCCUACAGUUACUUCUCAAGGGAAGUCCCACGAAAGGUCACUGGGGUGGUGAUGGACAGUGAUGGCCAGGCCCACUACAUCCUAUCAGGUACAUGGGACGAUAAGAUGGAGAGUGCCAAGAUCGUGCAGAGCAGCAGAGGAAGCAGCAGCUCUGAGGGCAAACAGAAGACUGUCUACCAGACACUGUCGCCCAAACUACUGUGGAAGAAAUAUCCGCUACCUGAGAAUGCUGAGAAUAUGUACUGUUUCUCCUCUCUGGCUCUGACACUGAAUGAGGAAGAGGAAGGUGUGUGUUUGACAGACAGCAGGCUGAGGCCGGACCAGCGGCUGAUGGAAGCUGGACGUUGGGAUGAAGCCAACUCAGAGAAACAGAGACUAGAGGAGAAGCAAAGAGCCACAAGGAGGAGGAGAGAGGCUGAAGCAUCAGAGGCCAUAGAUGAAGGGCGGGAAUUUGAGGGCUACAAGCCACUGUGGUUCCACCAAAGGACAGAUGAAAGGACGGGAGAGACUAUGUAUGUCUAUAAGGGGGGUUACUGGGAGGCCAAAGAAAGACAGGACUGGAGGAUGUGUCUUGAAAUCUUCUGAACACACAAAACACUUGACUAACUCUGAAAAUAGACAAAAGGGAAUGAUCCCUUUUCGUGGACUCAUCAAGGUCUGCGGACUGAUUCUUGUAUGACCACAGAUAUAGUGGAGACAGGUCGUGAAAACCUGAUUUGUUUGGAACUCAUAGAGAGUGUGUGUGUGUGUGUGUGUGUGUGUGUGUGUGUGUGUGUGUGUGUGUGUUUCAGUGUGUGUUUGCAGACCUAAUGACAUAUAUCUUUGCCUGUCUCUUAAACAGACUUGCACAGGAAAAGAGUAGAGCGGGACACCAAAACUAAACAUGUUUUAUCUGAAGUUCACCUCAAAGACAAGUGUGUGUGCAGUUGAACUCUUCUAGUCAAGUUCCGCCCCAAGUAAUCUUCCAAAGCAAAUCAGGUUGUUUUUACUCAGUACAUCCUCUUUGCAAAAUGCACUUUCUUUACUCAGUCCUGUUUAUAAUGAGAUCAUAUUAAAGACGCUCUUGCCGGAAAACACAUUUGAAGGAAAGGAGACUUAAGACAACUCAAGGAGCUGCAACAUUUAGAUGAGAGAAACAUAUGUGUGAUUGUUCCACUUACAGGCUUGUGUACUUCCUGUUGUACCUUUUCAUAUCAGCAAUACCAUAUUUGGGCAAAGGAAGUUCUUGACAUUGCAUAUCCCAGAAAAUUAAGGGACCAUGAUGGGUCAUCAUUGGACAGCCAGCUAAAGACUUUCUCCCUGGCCCCUCCCUCUCUGCUUAGCUCAAGAUAGCUAAAAAUCACCUCAUGUAUUCAAUUAGCCAACAAGGUUCAAAUAAAUAUCAGCUUCUUUUAAAGGGACAGUUCAGUCGGACAAAUUCUGUCAUUAUUUACUCACUUUCAUGUUAGUAUGACUUUCUUCUGUGGAACACAAAAGGAGAUAUUUAGCUAAAUGUCCAAACUGCACUUUUUACAUACAGUAGGCCCCACUGGAGGAACUAAAGCCUGUUUUAGGUACUUUAUGAGGAACUAGUUUUCGUCGCAUUCGCACAGUAGGAACUAUAGUUCCUCUUAACCAUUUAGCAGGACUUAGGUAAUUUUCGGGUGAAGAGGAACUGUGGGAGGUGCUGCAGCCUGUGAUUUGUCAUAAACAUAUGACACACAAAGCAAUGAGAAAUGCAAAGAUUCAGCAGCCACCAUAAGUAAACAAACUUGAAGCUGCUAGCGUGCUAUUUGGAGGAUUGCGCUAAUUUUCCAAUUCUUAUUAUCAACAUGUUUUCCGCUAAGUUUCGCUAAGUUGAAAUAGGCUGAGCGCCUAAUCUCUCCUCUCACAACGGCUUCAGGGUCGCAGCACCGCACAGCUCACGUGCUCAGUGUAAAGACUGUAACCUGCAGAAACAGUUUGUGUAAAACAGCCUUAAUAAGGUGUAGCUCUGAUCCUGGCAUCAUCCAUCAGUUUUGUUUAGUUUUUUUUGCUAUUGUACCGCGUGUGCAAACAAUGUCAGAAGAAAAACGGUGGACUCUACAUAACGUCAUCACAGGGGUAUUUUGUAGGUACGAAUGCAAGAGGAAAAAUUCUCUUCAGGGAUGCAGUUCCUCUAAAAAUUUGUCUUUCUAAUAAGUCCCUCUUGGGGUGUACCAGAACUUUUGGUGGGAAAAGAGAUUAAGAUAGAAGUCUGUGGCCACUGGCUGUCAAGCUCCAAGAAGUCCUUAGUUUUUUAAGUUAUUGCAAGGCUUCAGACUAGGUAUAUACAGUAGCACACAAGCCAUGUGGUCCAUAUUUGUGCAUAGAUGUUCUGCAAAACAUAAUUUAUGUUCCACAGAAGAAAGACGAUCAUACUGGUUUGGAGCAGCAUGAGGGUAAAGGGUAAGUAAAUGAUGAAAGAAUUACCAUUCCUAUAAAAGAGCCCUCUUGUCUGUUGUAUUGGACAAGGCAGGUUUGCCUUGAUUUCUGACACAAAAUAUGUUUUGCAUACAUAAACGUAAAUUUAAAUUGUUAUGUUCGGUGGAGCCACCCAGUGGUCAUUUUCUAUGUUACUGUGACUGCCACAGUAUCAUGCAUAUCAAUGCAAUUAAAAUACUUUUUUGUACAA